CGCUGUGUGCCAGGCACCAUGCCAAGCCCUUUCUGCACCUUCUGAGGGGGGUAUUAUAUUCCCAUUUGACAGAUAGGGGGCCGGAACUCAGAGCAGCCACCUGAACUACCUGGGGCCAUACAGGUAGCAAGGGGCAGAGCCAGGAUCCGAACUCAGGAGCUGCCCCGAGAUGGUGCUGCUGCUGCUGCUGCUGCUGCUGCUGCUGCUGCUGCCACCACUGGCCAUGCUCCAGCAGCAGCAGUCCCAGGGUCCCAGGCUGCCCUGGCUUGCCAGCCUCCAGCACCGCGUGGCAUGGGGGGCCCUGUGCUGGGCAGCUGCCUGGCAACAGCGGAGACUGGAGCAGAGCACGCUGCAUGUGGGCCAGAGCCAGCAGCAGGCCCUGAGGCGGUGUCUGAAGGGAGCCCCGGGUCCCCGCUGUCCCCUCAGGGGGAGCACAGAUAUGAGCACCUUCCGGAAUCAUCUCCCUCUGACCAAGGCCAGGCAGGCCCAGGAGGAAGAGGGUGGGGAGCAGCUCCUGCCCCCUACCUCAAAACGGCACCAUGGGGAGGCCUCUCUGCAGGCCACCUUACUGGGCCUGGCAGCCCUAAACAAGGCCUACCCAGAAGCACUGGCUCCAGGGGGCACAGCCUGCUUGACUCCCACAUCCCCCUGGCCCUGCCCCCUCCCCUGGCCUUGGCAUGCCCUCAGCCGGGUUAGCCCCCCUGGAGCCAAGGACCCUGGGGCCCUGCUGCUGGAGGCACUGAGGUCCCCAGGGCUGCGGGCACUGGAAGCCGGGACGGCAGUCGAACUCCUGGACAUCUUCUCGGGGCUGGGGGCCGAUGGUGAAGAGCUGGCCGAGGCACUAGCUGCUGGGAGCCCAGGAGCACCUCUCCCCAGACGGGCAGCUGAGCUGCGGGAAGCCCUAGAGCAGGGUCCCCGAGGACUGGCCCUGCGGCUCUGGCCAAAGCUGCAGGUGGUGGUGACUCUGGAUGCAGGAGGCCAGGCCGAGGCUGUGGCUGCCCUGGGGGCCUUGUGGUGCCAAGGGCUAGCCUUCUUCUCGCCUGCUUAUGCUGCCUCUGGAGGGGUGGUGGCCCUGAGCCUGUGGCCAGAGCAGCCCAGUGGGCUUUACCUCCUGCCCCCUGGUGCUCCCUUGAUUGAGCUGCUCCCAGUCAAGGAGGGAGGCCAGGAAGAGGCUGCCACCACUGUCCUGUUGGCCGAGGCCCAGAAGGACAAGGAAUAUGAGCUGGUGCUGACUGACCACACCAGCCUUACAAGGUGCCGCCUGGGUGAUGUGGUCCGAGUGGUUGGUGCCUACAAUCAGUGCCCAGUUGUCAGGUUCAUCUGCAGGUUGGGCCAGACCCUGAGUGUACGAGGAGAAGACAUCGGCGAGGAUAUGUUCUCUGAGGCCCUGGGCCGGGCAGUGGGGCAGUGGCCAGGGGCCAAACUGUUGGACCAUGUCUGUGUGGAGAGCAGCGUUCUGGAUUCCUCCGGAGGCUCUGCUCCCCACUAUGAGGUGUUUGUGGCACUGAGGGGGCUGAGGAACCUGUCGGAGGAAAGUCGAGACAAGCUUGACCACUGCCUUCAGGAGGCCUCGCCCUGCUACAAGUCCCUGCGGUUCCGGGGCAGCGUGGGCCCUGCCAGGGUCCACCUGGUGGGGCCGGGCGCCUUCAGAGCACUCCGGGAAGCCCUCGCUGCCUCUCCCUCAUCCCCCUUCCCUCCUGAGAUGCCCCGGGUCCUUAGGGACAGCCACCUGGCCCAGCUCCUGCAGAGGAGAGUGGUGUCCUGAUCUGAGGCCUGCCCACUGUCCCCUCCGCCCCCCUGAAAGCUGCUGCACCCUUUCCUCUGGGGCCUGUCCGGAUGGGAAACCCUUGGCCAGGGUCUUUGAUUCUGCGUCACCUAUCAGUUGCUCAUCAGAGCUGCUGGGCCUUAGGGAAGUCCAACCUCAUCAGCCAGUUUUGAGGAGGUGACUUCAGGGGUGUAGCAGGCACCAGCAGUGCCCUGACAGGAGCCCCUCGGCCCACCCUGGAGGACACUGCUAGAAAGUCCCACACACGCUGAUGGCUCGUGUGUCUCAGCCGCGUGUGCUGUGCAGGCUGCACGUGUUGGGAGUUAAUGUUCCCAGGAGCGACCCUCAGUCAGCGAACAACAGGAGUUGUAAAUACCAACCUCAGCUUCAUUGUCCCUCCGUGCGGCAGUUCUGGAGUGUAUUCUGCACCAGUUGCCCACAGUGGCAGCCCUCUCAUUAACACAGUCCUCAUGG